AUGGAAUCCGUAAUAUGUUUAUUGUGCUUGAAGCACAAAGAGCGUCUGAAAGUGUCCAGCACAGUAUUCGAAACAAAUGUCAUCAACACUAUUGCUCUGCACUUUUGGUUCACCAAGAAAGUCGCACAGAAACAUUUCGUUUGUAACGAUUGCUGGAAACAAGUGGACGAGUUUGAUAAAUUUUACAAGAAAGUGGUAUUGGAACAUCAGAGAAGUUUUAUAGAGAAUUGUCCCGAAUCACCAGACGGAAUACAUGCAGAGGAAAGCGAAUACUACGUAUCCUGGGAUGACGAAUCGGAUACAGAGCAGAUCGAUGAAAAAAUCGGAAGAAUUUUCGAAGGCAUCCAACAGCACCACCAAAAGAAAAUACAAAUUGACGAUUCCGUUAAAAAGGAUGACAAGGAUGUGGAUGACAAACAGAUUAAAACAUACGAUGCAGCUCGUAAAAGCAACAGGUUAAAGGAAUGUGCAUCUGCUGAUGCAAUCGAUGCGCUUGAUGAAGGACAGUCUUACUCAGAGUAUUCGUUUGGCCUGUCGGGUAGCGAAGAUGAGGCAUCAGACACCGAAAGCGGAGAAUCACUUGAUACACAUAAUAAAAUCCUGGGCAAACACUGUGAAACUCCGGCGCUAACUCCAGUUCCAGAAAGCACGCCCUACAAAUGCAAAUCGUGCGAUACAUUUUUUGUGAAAGAAUAUCAACUGACUGCUCACGAACAAUUUUGCAAACGUUACAAGUGCAUAGAUUGUGGGCUUGUUUUCUUCGAUUUAAAACAAUUAAUUUCGCACCGAAAACAACAUAUACGAACCAAGAGAGGCAGUCCAGAACAGGGCGGGCAAGCUCAUCAAUGCACAGAGUGCUCCAAAAGUUUUCCAACCGAAGAGGCUGUGGAUAGGCACAUCGCAUUCGUCCAUUAUCCUGAAAAAUUUUACAUUUGCGAUGUUUGUGCAAAAUCUUUCAAAAAAAAAUCAGAUUAUAAUAUCCAUAAAAGACUAGUACAUUUGAAGCAGUACAUUUCCGUGGAAUGUGAAAUAUGUAAAAAGUGGCUGAAAGAUGUUACUUACUUAACGACGCAUAUCAGAAAAUGUCAUAAAACUAAAACCUUCGCUUGUGAUACAUGUGGUAAGGUAUUCGCGACAAGCUGGAGUCUUAAACAUCACAUCAGAAGUGCUCACAUGACAAAGGAAACGUUUUUGUGUAGCAUCUGCGGAAAGAAUCUUGCCAGUAAAAACAGUUUAAAGGAACAUUGUGCUACGCAUACCAGCGAUUAUCUGUACACCUGUCCUUACUGUCCAAAGAAGUUCAAUUCAAGCGCCAAUCGUUUUGUGCACAAGAAAAAGAUCCAUAAUUUGGAGUGGCAAAAAGAUCGUGAGCAGCACCAGAAUCGAAAUAAGCCAGAUCAUAUUGUAAGAAGGUCAGGCACCGAAACAAUGGAAACGCUUUGAAGGAUUGAAGUAGCGAUGCUUUCUGGAUCUGGGUCUAUUAAUAACGAGAGAGUGGCUAAGUUGUUCGCCACACGCUUUGCUCAAGUUCAAGUGGUUAGGAUAGUUGUUC